AUGAGCAGCUCCGGGGUGAUAACCCAAUUGGUCACUGAUGCCUUGUCGAUGAAUGCAGCUCAGGAUUGGGAAGAUGUAUCUCUCUUCACACCUUAUCUCAAUGACCAAGCUCUCAUGUACGAUUUUGCUGAUUGCCUCGCCGUUCAAACAUUCCUUCGAAUGACUUCAUUGCCAUUCAAUGUUCGUCAACGACCGAAUGUAGAUUUUAUUUCUCCUGAUGGAGUCGUCCCACUUCUGAAAAUCAACAAAACUCUCAUCACAGGGUUCAACGCCAUUGUCGACUUCGUGCAUAAGAAAGGAGUCACUCUUACAUCACAUCUCAGCGAAACGCAAGUUGCCGACAUGAGAGCUAAUAUUUCGAUGAUCGAACAUCUUCUUACCACUGUCGAGAAGUUUGUACUCUGGAACCACGACGAGACGUACGAUAAGGUGACAAAGUUGAGAUACGGAAGUGUUUAUCACUGGCCACUUUCGUCUGUCUUGCCUUUUGUUAAGCGUCGAAAGAUUCUUGAAGAGUUGUCUGAUAAGGACUGGGACACCAAGACAAUGGACGAAGUCGGUGAACAAGCCGAUAAAGUUUUCCGUGCUCUCUCUGCUCAACUGGGAAGUCAAAAAUAUCUAACUGGAGAUCUUCCAACCGAAGCUGAUGCUUUACUCUUUGGACAUAUGUACACAUUGAUAACUGUCAGAUUGCCAUUGACAAACAUCACAAAUAUUCUGAAGAAGUACUCCAAUUUGAUUGAAUUCACGAAAAGAAUCGAACAACAGUAUUUCAAGCAGUAAUUUUAGAAUUUUUUCGUUUGAGAAGUGUAUAGUAGUUCAACUAUGAUUUUAUGGUGUGUUCAGAUUGUUCUUAAGAAAAACGAAUAAAUUUUGAUAAUAUAUG